AUGUCCAAUAAUUCUAGGCGGCACGUUGAUGCAGCAAAUAGUGAGAGAUGGUCCGCUGGAGACAAAAUAUAUCCACAUCGUCACCCUUUAAUGGCAGUCCUGGAUUUAAAAAGUGAUUCAACUGAAUGUACCAUGACAAGUUGUUUUAAUUUUACCAAAUGUUCUGUCACAGAAGGACUGCGAGUGUAUUAUUAUGGCUUAAAUGGUGCUUUUAGCAGCUCACUGUCUGCCUUGAACCUAUUUCACACAAGAAAUAUCUAUAUAACAUCUGAUCCAUCAGAAGCAUGCUUAUUUGUUAUCGACACGUCGAAACUUGUUGAUUUUGAUAACAACAAAAACUUCAAUGCACAGUUACCAAAUCAAUCUACGAGAUAUAAUGAUGCCCCGAAUUACAUAUUGAUAAAUUCAGAAGCUAAAGACGAAAAUAUUAAUAAGUUUCUACAGUUUACUACUGCGCGAACUAUAUUAGCACAAUCAAACUUUGUUGAAACGAAAUUUCGACCAGGAUAUGACAUAGUUAUUCCAAAAAUGUCAAACACAAAAACGGAAGACACGUGGAAGAGAAUGAAGCCGAUCAUGCCUAUUGAAAGAUUUGUUUUAUUUUCGUUUUUAGGAUCUUUCUCUGGAAAACUGCAUAACAACGGCCGUUUCAAUGUUAACGAUCUUGUUAAAUAUUUCAACAUUAUUCAAUCAGAAUUAGGCAACAACGUGUACAUAAAAACUUCUUGCAAACAUUUCAAUUCAGAUACCAUUCAUGAUGAGUUUCUACUUUGUAUGAAUGAGAGUGAGAGAAUGGAAGUGUUGAAACUUUCUACGUUUUCUCUAAUACUUCCAUCUAAUAACAUAAGUCAUAAAUCUACAGAAAUCAUUCAAUUUCGAAUAACCGAAGCAUUAAAAUUUGGCGCAAUUCCAGUUAUUUUUGGUGAUGAUAUAGAACUUCCUUAUAGUGAGAUAUUUGACUGGAGAAAUGCUGCUAUUAUCAUACCAGUGUCUUCGAUACAAAACAUUAAUCUUAUACUCAAGAAAUACACAGUUAACACAAUAAUGUCAAUACAACACGCGGGAAAGCUUAUGUAUCAAGCAUUUUCUGAUUAUACCCAUACCUUAAGUCUUAUAUUGACAGUUCUUAAACACAGACUGGGUUUUCCACCUGUACUUGUUGAUGAGAAGUCAAAUAGUGUUGUUAUAGAUAACAAACAAGGCGAAAACAUCAAUAUUUCUAAGCUUUUGAGUACAAACAAUUUUGAAUUUCUCGAUCAGAAAAUGAAUUUAUUUGGAAACCCGUUAAUGAGCCACUUGCAUACACCAUUGGAGAACAUCAAUCCGAAAAAUAAAGAGGAAGAAACUGGACAUAACAAUGUUAAACAUCCUAGAGGAGACCGAUCUUAUGAACAGUUUACAAUUGUGAUUCUAGUGUAUGAUAGAAUAGAUACUAUGUUGGAAAAUGUUGCAAGUUUAAAAGGUCUUCAAUUCUUGAGUAAAGUGAUUAUUAUAUGGAAUAACCCUAUUUAUUCGUCUACACUAACAUGGCCAGACAUAGGUGUACCGAUUCACUUAAUUCGACCAUCUAGAAACAGUCUGAACAACAGAUUUUUGCCAUAUGAUGAAAUACAGACAGAUGCUAUCCUGAGUUUAGACGAUGACUGCAUUAUGAAACAUGAUGACAUCCUGCUGGCGUUUAGGGUUUGGAAAAAAGAGAGAGAAAGAAUAGUUGGUUGUCCAGGUAGAGUUCAUAAAUGGGAUCCUGUAAGAAAUGAAUGGAAUUAUAGUUGGCAGUAUUCGGAUCUGUGGAAAGUGUCAAUGGUUCUAACGGGAGCCGCAUUUUUUCACAAGUACUAUGCUUACCUGUACAGUUAUGUGAUGCAAUCAGGUAUUCGUGAAUUUGUGGAUGAAAAUUUAAACUGCGAAGAUAUUGCAAUGAAUUUUCUCGUAUCACAUAUCACACAGAAACCUCCUAUUCAGAUGGCUUUAGAGCGCCAUCCUUUUGGGAGAAGGUGGAAUAAAGAAAUUAUAAGACUGUGUUUGACACUGUGGUGCCGAAGCCCGAAAGGUUAUAUUGAGCUAAGGAAUAGCAAUUUUUUAAUUUUACCAUCCCACAAUCUUUUGCAACGAUACAAAAAUUCUGUUGAACAAAAAAGUGGAAUAAACAAAGAAAUCAUGCGUUGGAUGGCAAAUGAGGCUAAAAUCAAAAACAUUCCACCAGAGGGCUACAAAGGAGGUCUUAUGAUAGAUGAGAUGUCCAUUCAACCAGAUUUACAGUUUAGAAAACGAAAUGGUGAUAUUGAACUCAUAGGUUUUACCGAGUGUACACCAGAUUCAAUUGUGUUCGAAAACAUGAAACUGGUAAAAGAGACAGGACUCUUGCGACUCAUGUGUUACAGCUAG